AUGCCCAAUACUCAACAGAGUCAUUUCAGAGUCGUCAAGAAGUGUUCAAAAGCUUGUAAACGAUGUCGGUCCAUGAAGGUCAAAUGCUCUGGGGCACAACCUUGUGCAAGAUGCGGAAGAAAGAAUGAAAGAUGCAUAUACGAGACAGAGGAGAAAAAGGUCACAGUAACUGAGAGGAAGAGUAUAUCACUGUCUUACCUUCUGCCGUUUCUCAUUGGCUGCUACAGUUAUCUCAGAGCGUUGGAGAGACGACAAGAUGGAGUUCCAUCUCCCGGAUCACUUCCAAACGGAUCAAGAUCCCGGCCGAGACAUUCAUCCGUUUCCGAUUAUGGUAUGACAACAGUACUUCCUCAGGAUACAUCUGCAGUAGAAGCCGAUGGGGACUUGACCCUCGGAACACCAGAUGAUAAUGGCGAGAACGGUGAACAAAAUGAAACAAGGCCACUUUUAUCAAACGAUGUUCUUGAACCUGCCUUUCGCCAGAAUCCACUUGUCGACAAUGAUUAUGUCUUUGGCCAAGCCUUCGGACGCUACUGGUAUAUGGGCCCUGCCUCAUCCUGGGCAUUCUGUAGAAGAGUCCUAGCUCUGGUUGGAAAACAUCUUCCAGAAGCAAACAACGAUCCCCCGCCAUGGCAUCUCGACGGAGUCGCAUUCCGUCUCCAAUGGAGACCCCUGAUGCCUGAAGAACAUCCCGAUAUCUCGAACCUACCCCCAUCAGACUACGCAUUCUUUCUCGUACAGACUGCAAGAUUCUAUCUCGGUCCCUUAGCAAGCCUUAUCGAUGAAACUGAAUUCCUUCAACAUUUUAAAGAGCUUUACCAGGAUGCUUCAACGAAGGCAGCAUCGUGCAAGCUGUGGUAUGCACAAUAUUUGCUCAUGAUAGCGUUUGGAAAGGCGUUCCUCGGCGGAAAGAGUGCCGAUGGAAGUCCACCGGGUUAUCAGUACGCUGCUAGGGCUAUGCCUCUUAUGCCUGAGCUGGCUGGGAUUGCCUUAGAUCCAAUUCUUUCAGCACAGGCACUUACUCUUGCAGCGAUAUACUUUCAGUCAAUCGACAUGAGAGUGGCAGCAUAUCAGCAUAUAGGACAAGCUCUUCGAAUCUGCGUGUUAUCUGGUUUCCAUAGACACAUGCCAGAAGAGGUCGUUGGAGCUCAACAUUCAAAACGAUGCCACAUAAUCUUCUGGGUAGUUUACAUGCUGGAUCAGGAGUUUGCAGCUCUUAUCGGUGCUACUAGCGCUAUUAGAGAUGAAGACAUCACCAACAAGCUGCCUUCCCAAGCUGACAAUUCUUUAACGUCGCUGAGUCUAACUCUCCACGUUCAGUUGGCGCGUCUCAUAGCACGGCUUCUAGGAACGGUAUAUGGAGUUGGCAAAGAUUAUGACGGUACUCUUUUCAGCAACACUCAGUCUAUCCUGAGAAACUUGGCUGAGCUGAAUCGUGAUCUGAUUCACAUCAUCAACAAGCAUUUCCGCGAUUCGAUUAGUAAAGCUUCGAGAAUCGCCACACGGCUUUUACUCCAAUAUCACCAUUGUGUCGUCCUCACAACGAGACCACAAAUCAUGUGUGCUCUACACAUGCAUAUCGAGCAGUCCAAAACACAAAUGACACACGGUUUAUCACUAUCUCCCCCAGUUGCAUCACUGAUUCAAUCCUGUGUCAGUUCUGCACAGUCAAUCCUCAAGACUUUACGUGCUCUGGCAGACGAAGAUCUCAUUGAAGCAUUCCUGCCUUUCCAAAUCGAGUACGCCUCGUCAUCAGCAUUUCUACUGCAUCUCAUCCCCAUCAUCUGCCCUUCACUCCUCUCGGAUAGCUCAUGGCGAGAUGAUGCCCGCUACGUUUUCGAUACUCUCAUCGCCAAGGGAAGCUUGAUCGCUCCUUUGAGAAAAGUGGAGUUGGAGCAGCUGGAACAGAAGCUUUCAGCUUUGACACCAGCCAGCAAUUUUGUCUCUCCAGAGAUUCCUACAGAGACUCAAGAGAAUGAGGACCAAGAAGGGAAUGAAGGUCAACACGCCGAUGAACAUCUCGCUGACGAAACUGGGUGGGAUCUCUUCGCCGCUAAUGCCAUGGCUGGACUCACCCCAGGAGAGCUGCUUGAUCUUGCUGAACAGUUGGACGUGGACAACUUUCUAUAUGAGCCCGAGAUAGAAUAA